CAUCACUCAGCUUUAUACCAAUGUACAGGUGGGGAGACGCUUUGUUAUUUUUUCCAUUAAGGAUUCUAGCAUUUUUCCUUUUUCCUGUUCACUCACUCACUCACUCCCUUUCUUCCUCAUAGAAACACACACUCAGAAGUGUACACGCGAUGAUCCUCUCUUUUCGUACGUACCUGACUGCUCUACUCUACACAGAGACCACCCACGCCACAGCCCAGCGCACAGAGAGACAGAACGAGAGAGAGAGAGAGAGAGAUAGAGGGGGGAACGUUACACCCUCCCAGCAGCUGUCUCUGAUCCAGCAGCUGUGCACCGCUUUUCUUUUUCUUCUCCUGUUCUCUCCAUCCAUCUCUCUCCAUCACUCCUUUUGACUCGCUCCUCAAGCCAAUUAGAUCACGAACAUGCUGUGUGCUUGUUGCUAGGGGGGGAAGAGAACCAAGAAGAGUGGACCAGCCGAUACUUUGUUGCUAAGCCUCCAGUGACAGAAGAAGAAAGAGUGCAAGAGAACAAAGGAUAAAGAGAAGAAGAGAAGACAUCGGUCCGGCUACAGUAUGAACCAGUCCAACCAGGGCCCGAGUGGCGUGGGGACAGCAGACCCUGACGAGGACUCUCCCAACAUGAUCGUCUACAGAAAGAUUGAGGAGAUAGUGACCCGUAUCCAGGAUGAGACCGAGGGCGUUCCCAUCAGAACUGUCAAGAGCUUCCUGACCAAGAUACCCAGCGUCGUCACAGGUGCAGACAUAGUGCAAUGGCUGAUGAAGAACCUAGCCAUUGAUGAUCCUGCUGAGGCGAUGCAUAUCGGGAGUCUGAUUGCUGCUCAGGGAUAUUUCUUCCCCAUCUCUGAUCACGUCCUGUCACUCAAAGAUGAUGGAUCCUUCUAUCGCUUCCAGGCUCCAUAUUUCUGGCCUUCUAACUGUUGGGAGCCAGAGAACACAGACUAUGCUAUCUAUCUGUGCAAGAGGACCAUGCAGAACAAGACUCGUUUGGAGCUGGCUGAUUACGAGGCGGAGAACCUAGCCAGACUACAGAGAGCCUUCACUAGGAAGUGGGAGUUUAUCUUCAUGCAGGCCGAGGCUCAGGUCAAGAUCGACAGGAAAAAGGAUAGAAUUGAGAGGAAGAUUCUAGAUAGUCAAGAAAGAGCUUUCUGGGAUGUCCAUAGACCUGUGCCAGGUUGUGUGAACACCACAGAGAUGGACAUCAGGAAAUGCAGACGCAUGAGGAACCCACAGAGAGUCAAGAAGUCAGUGUAUGGUCUGAUAGACGAGGGCCAGUCUCAGAGCCCUGUACACACACCAUCACAAAUAGCCAGAAAAGGCACCAAAGCAGACGUGGAGAAGGAGAUUGUGUUUCUUAACAGCCAGUUGGACCGACACUGUAUCAAGGUUUCUAAAGUCGCUGAGAGUCUGAUGAGUUACACAGAGCAGUACCAGGAGUAUGACCCGUUUGUGAUGUCACCAGAACCUUCCAACCCCUGGACCAGUGACGACCUCUCAUUCUGGGACCUGGAAGCCAGUAACGACCCCAGUCAACAGAGGGUGAGGAAGUGGGGUUUCUCUCUAGAUGAAGCUUUGAAGGAUCCGGCAGGACGAGACCAGUUCCUCAAGUUCCUGGAAUCAGAGUUCAGCUCAGAGAACCUACAGUUCUGGUUGGCGGUGCAGGAUCUGAAGAGGCAGCCCCUGGAGAACGUGGCAGAGCGGGCUCAGGAGAUCUGGACAGAGUUUCUGGCAGAAGGCGCUUCCAGCUCCAUCAACCUGGACUCACACAGCUACGAACGCACCAGCGCCAACCUUAAAGACCCGGGACGAUACAGCUACGAAGACGCACAGGACCACAUCUAUAAGCUGAUGAAGAGUGACAGCUACACACGUUACCUGCGCUCCAACGCUUACCAGGAGCUGCUGAUGGCCUGGAAGAAGCCUGAGACGGAACAGCAGCAGGGAAGACGCACCUCUCUGGAGAAGUUUACACGCAGCGUGGGCAAGUCACUGACGGGCAAACGGCUAACGCUGAUGCAGUCGUCCUGACCAGGCCUGGGGCUGGAGUAAGACAGCCAUGCCCAGAGGAGCUGCUCUGCUGUGGGGAGAGGGCUGGAUGUUGAUGCUGAGAGGCCUAAACUGGGCCUGGACACAACGUCACCUACAUAACUGACUCCAGAUCAGUUCCCUGAGCUCCAGUGGAGGACAGACAGCAUGCAAUAGGUCACCUAGAUCUGAUACGGGGACAGUCCUGUCUUUGUCUGUUUCUCAAAUGUCACUCUAUUCCCUAUAUAGUGUACUACUUUUGACCAGAGCCCUAUUUUGACUAGUUUGUCCGUAGGGCUCUGGUCAAAAGUAGUGCACUAUAAAGGGAAUAGGUUGCCAUUUGGGAGGUACAUAUUGUGUAGUUUAUCGACAUAUAACUCUGCCUGCUACUCUCUGUCUCACUUAGGUUCCUUUAAUCGAUUCUAGAACCAAAUGGAAUGUCAUAUAACUCUAUCCCCUACUCUCUGUCUCACUUAGGUUCCUUUAAUCGAUUCUAGAACCAAAUGGAAUGUCAUUUAACUCUAUCCCCUACUCUCUGUCUCACUUAGGUUCCUUUAAUCGAUUCUAGAACCAAAUGGAAUGUCAGACUUGUUCUGCUCUAGCUCAGCUUAUAUUAAUACAGUAUAAUAGCUUAUUGUAACGAUUACACUACUAUUUUGUUCAAUUACAGAAACAUUAAAAUGCUUAAAACUUGGAA